AUGAUUAAUUUUGAAGCGACGGAGUUGAGGUUAGGGCUGCCUGGUGGGAAUCACGGAGGAGAAAUGGCCGGAAAAAAUAAUGGGAAAAGAGGGUUUUCUGAGACCGUUGAUCUCAAGCUGAAUCUUUCAUCGACGGUUAUGAAUUCGGUUUCUGAAAUUGACGUAGAGAAUAUGAAGGAGAAGAUCGUAAAACCACCAACCAAGGCACAAGUUGUGGGAUGGCCACCGGUACGAUCUUUCCGGAAGAACGUCAUGUCCGGCCAAAAGCCGACCACCGGAGAUGCCGUCGAAGGAACGGAGAAGACUUCCGGCAGCAGCGGAGCCACCUCCUCUGCCGGAGCCGCCGUGGCUUACGUGAAGGUUAGCAUGGACGGCGCACCUUACCUAAGAAAAAUUGACCUAAAACUCUACAAAGCUUACCAAGAUCUCUCCAACGCCUUAAGCAAAAUGUUCAGCUCUUUUACCAUAGGCAACUAUGGACCACAAGGAAUGAAAGAUUUUAUGAAUGAGAGUAAAUUGAUCGAUCUUUUGAAUGGAUCAGAUUAUGUUCCAACGUAUGAAGAUAAAGAUGGAGACUGGAUGCUUGUAGGAGACGUACCAUGGGAGAUGUUUGUUGAUUCUUGCAAACGCAUAAGAAUAAUGAAGGGAUCAGAAGCAAUUGGACUUGCUCCAAGGGCAUUAGAAAAGUGCAAGAACAGAAGCUGA